GGAAUCUUUCUUUCUUUAUUCUCUUUGUUGUAAAAGUUCAAUCUCACACUGUUCAGUUUUCAAGAAUGGCUUCUCUUACGCCUAGAGUGUUAAUCAAGCUUCUUCAGACGAUAAACACAAACAUCAAGGUUCGAGGGGAAUAUCGGUCGGUUCUCUUGCAGGUAAUCGGUAUUGUCCCUGCUUUAGCCGGCUCAGAGCUUUGGCCAAACCAAGGCUUUUUCAUCAAAGUGUCGGAUUCUUCUCACUCCACAUAUGUCUCAUUGAGGAACGAAGACAACGAACUCAUCUUGAACAACAAACUGGGAUUGGGACAGUUCUUCUACGUUGAUAAGCUUGAAGCUGGGACACCUGUUCCUGUAAUGGUGGGUGUUAGACCCAUCUCUGGACGCCAUCCUUUUGUAGGAAAUCCCAAAGAUUUGAUGCAAAUGUUGAUACCUAGUGAGACUACAUCUUUGCAAGAAGAAAAUAACAGCCAGAAGAAGAAAGAUGGUGAGAGAUCAAACAAGGUGGAGAAUCUAAGAAAACAUCAACCUUUUGUAAUUAAGGAAGAGAAGACAGGUGUGGCUUCAAGAUACAUGAAAGGUAUUUCAAACCCAAAGACAAAUGGAUCAGAUUCGAGUAGCGGCGGUAGCAACAAUGAGAGUGAGACUGGAUCAAUAAUGGCCACUAAGAAAGUUGCUGGAUUGGCUAAAGGCAAGCAAAGGGAGCACACAAAUCAGGCACGUCAAGCUGGUCCUCCACAAUCUCGUCCUUCGACAGCUCUAACAAAGGCAGAGCCAAAGAAACUCUCUUUGAGCUCCACUGUGAAUUACAUAACUAGGAAGAGUAGCUCUUCCGAGGAUGCAUCAUGGAGCUCUCUGCCUAUUAAUCUAUCAAAAAUGGGUAAAGGAAUGCUGAGAAGGAGAAAUAUUGCUGCUCUAAUUGCCACAGAGGUGCAAAGAGAGGCAUUAGCUGCUUCACAUCUUAUCAAAUGUAUCAGUAUUUUUGCUGACCUCAGCUCAAAUUCUUCCCCUAAGAGUCCACAUACCUCUCUCAGAAACUUCUUCACCCUGCAGAGUAUCCUUGACCAAGCACAGGUCACAACUGCAGCACCAAAAGAUAAACCAAUCCAGCCAGUGAAUAUUAAUUCAUUAUGCUUGGAACCUGACAAGUUGAGAAAAAAAGCUAGUCUAACUUCAAGCAGAGCCACACUGAAGCCUUCUAAAGCUCUAACAGAAGCCGAAAAGCUGGAAUGGGUCAAGGGAAAUGGCACAGAAGAGAUAAAAGAACUGAGAAACACUUUGAAACAAGAAACGAGAAGCUGGUUUUUGAAAUUCUUGGAAGACGCAUUAGAUACUGGAUUCCAUGCCAGUGUUUCGGAGAAGAAAGGAAAAACCAAAGGAGCACAUCCAGCGGAACCAGAGAAUCAUAUUACAGAGACAUUAUCCCAACUUAGGAAAGCAAAUGAAUGGCUGGAAAAAGUUAAAAGUGAUCAUCAUUCUAGUGAUAGUUCUUUGCUUGAGAAUAUAGAACGAUUGAAAAAGAAAAUAUACUCUUGCUUGCUACUUUAUGUAGAUUCAGCUGCAUCAGCUAUUGGAGUAUAGGUAAGCUCGCGUCUGACAAGACAACCGAUCCAAUGGGAAAAUUUGCUUAGCAACAAGAACGAAACAACUUCACAAAUCGAACUAGAGCCAAAGUUAUACACAUUGUUUGUAUGCUAAUUUAUUGUGUAUAAUAGAAACAGAAUCAGACAUACAAUAUGUUAAUAUAAUAAACACGAGUUAAUC